UAUAUAAAGCAGGAAGCCCACAUGGUUCCCUUUGCCAUUCCAAAUUUCUUUCUCUUUGCUCAGUAUUGUAGAUCAUUAAGAUGGAGAAGAAAGGUUUUGUUAGAUUGAUGCUACUUUUUCUGGGUUUUUCUUAUCUUCUUCUUUCCUGUGCUGCUGUUCCCACUACUAGAAGCCUCAAAUCAAACAAGGAACUCCCUUCUUCUGUCCAAGAUUUACUUGCUCAGGAUGUAAUGGAAUUGAGUGAUGGAGAGGAAGUGAUAACGGAAGGUGACGGAUUCAAUGGGGAAAGGAUGUUAAUGGAAAGCACUGAUUAUCCAGGGACAGGUGCAAACAAGAACCAUGAUCCCAAAACUCCAGGGAGAGCUUAAAAAACAUUAAGACCCAUAACCUAUUUGUUUUAUGUAUAGCUUAAGACAUGACAGGAUAAAAGGCAAGUCUUUGAAUCUGGGUUUCCUCCAAUAUUUUGCUAGAAUUUCCUCUCUUUUAAGGUUUGUUGUCUGGAUAGUGGGAAAACUAUGAUGGAAGGUUUGGACUGUACUUUACAGUUUACAGACAAAACCUGGUGGGUAUUGUUCAUAAAAUUAGAUAAUGUUAAAAAGAUGUGUUUUUAAGUUACUAUGUAAGGGUCGGUGAUAUUUUCAUUGAUAAAUAAAAUUAUUAAUUAGUUUAUUCAAUAUAA